GCUCUCGGCAGCUAGGGUUUCGAAUAAAAUGGCACCAUAAAGAGGAGACGGAACCCCAAUCUCUCUCUAUCUCUAGCAGCAGAACCAGGAGGAGGAAGGAACCCUAGCUCGACCUCGAGAGAGAGAGAAUGGCGAAGUCGAAGAACCACACCGCGCACAACCAGUCCUACAAGGCCCACAAGAACGGCAUCAAGAAGCCGAGGAGGCACCGCCACACCUCCACCAAAGGGAUGGACCCCAAGUUCCUGAGGAACCAGAGGUACGCCAGGAAGCACAACCAGAAGAAGGAAGGCGAAUCCGAAGAAGAGUAAACUUAGUUUUUUACCGCAUCGAAAGGUGGCGUCUUUUCGGGGGUCGCCGUCGAUUACUAGGGUUUGGUUUUUGUUCUAGACAUUAUGUCAAAGUUUUAAUUUUUGAUGUGUGGUCAUCCAAUUUCUACUGGGUUACAUUUUGAUUAAUAUGUUAGCUGACAUUACUUGUUUUUAAGCCGUCUAUUAUCCAGUUCUGAAUUCCGGUCGAUGCUAGUGCUGUUCUCCUGUUAUUCAUAAUCGGGAUUUUGAGCCUUA